GUGGAACUACCGCGGAACAGCAAAUCAGUUGUUGAUUAUUACUUAAUAAGGAACUACCAUAACAUUCACGAAGUGUACAGUCGCGGGUGGUAAUCUAUUUAGCAAGUUUCUGGGGCAAGUGAUAAAAUUACGCAUAAAGGUUUUAGAUGUGAAUAGUAAGUUUUGUAAAACGAUACAUUUAUAAUUUACUUUGUAUUGAACUAUAUUAGAGCAGUGAGUUUCCAAGUGUUAAAAAUAUGAGUUUAUUUAAAACUUAAAGAAAUUUAGACUGGUGGUAUGCUGUGUGGAAUAAAAAGCGAGACUUAAUAAAAUCUUAAUUUUUUUUCGUGUUGACAACAUGAAGUUUGAUAAAUGGACAAUUUUGAGCAUUGUAGAAGUGCUUUUAGUCCUAGCCUGUCUAGUCUUUAAACGAGUAACAGACGAUGAAGCACGAAGUGCUUUUCUCUAUCUCCAAAAGCUAUCCAGAGAAUGGAGCCUCCUCACUAACGUCACAUGGGAUAGAGUAGGCAAUGCGGUGGCAUACGCGACCUAUGGCGGAUACCUUAUAAUCACAGCUGCACUACUAUUUGGAAAAUUAUUUGAGGAGUUACCUACAAAACGAAGAAUAACGGAGUGGAUCCUUUUAGGCGUUGGUGCGGUGCUAUUUAUUGUUUUAGGUAGUUUGGCGUUUGCCUCCAUAGAUUCAGUGACACCAAGUCUAGUGGACAAUGCUGCUAUCUUAGGAACUCUUUCUGUGGUAACUGGUGCGCUUUUUCUAUUGGACAUGGGCGCACCCAAAGCUAAACCAUACACUCCACCUCCGGCACAAAUCCAAGACAUCGGAAAGAAAAAGAAUAACAAUGUCAAAGAGGAACCUGCACACACCUACGAUGGUCAUCGUGAAACAAUUAUAAACGGAAACGAUGUUGGGAGAGAUGUGGUGGAACGAGUUUAUGAUAUUGAGAGAGAGAUUGAUAUAUCUGAAGAUCCAUUGCGGUCGCAUGAAACUGUUAAAGGAAACGGUGAAAGAAGAAAAACCAAAAAAGAUUUUAGGAACUUUGGUAUUAGAAAUGGAUCUUCUAAAAAUGACAUAGAUAGUAAAAUCGAAAUGGUCUUAAAAGAACCGCCAAGUUUACCAGGAAGAAGUUAUAUCCACUUGGAUCCAACCUCAAAAGGUUACAAAAAAAUGCGUGACGAUGACUUUGAUAUACCCAGAAGAUUUGGCAUUUAUGGGCGAGAUGCCACCGACUACGAUACGGACGAAACCGCUAGUAUACCACCAAAAAUUGAAUUACACACUCCCAUAUGGGCAAACAUUCGCAAGGAAACCCCCCAAAAAAUAUCGGUCCCUUCAGUAGUUUUGCCCCAAAGCAGUAGCCGUGAAGAGGAUCGGCCUGAGAGACCACCGAGUGGACCUUUAGACCCUGGAUAUGUACAGUAUACAGUGGAACACUGGGAAGAUCUUAAGCCCGGUAAAACAAAAACACCUAGAAAUAGCCCUGAGAAUACAGAAGUUUGAAAUUAAGUAUUAACGUUAAGGUUUGCGCAAUACUUUAUAUUUUAAUUAGUUUUUAUUCUUUUAUUAUUUACAGUAUUUUUAUAUUAUAAAAAAUGCGUAUAUUAAAAUAUGAUUCAUUUACAGUAAUGUUAUAAACAUCUAUUCGUUCAUUUGAUUAGAUUCAAGAUUGAUAACCACUAUAUUAAUUUUAAGGAAAAUUAUUAACGUUUCUACACAAUUAAUAAACUUUUUCUUUAAAAACCUUCUGCAAAAAUAUCUAUACGACUUAUCAUGAGUCUUCUCUUCUAGUAUAGUAUAUAUAUGGUAUAUACUGUUUCUAGGAUAGACAUUUAGGAGUGCAAAAUGAGUAACGUUUUAUUUUAUUUCUUUGCGAAUUCCAUUAUUAAGGAAUAACUCUCAUUGGCGUAUUCCCGAAAUUUUUUUUUUCAUAGCAGAUAUGUCGUCUUGCAAUCGUAAAGUGGAUAGCAGGCUCAAUUUUUCAAGUUACUUUAAUUAAUUGUAAUGCUAGUCCUAAAACAGGAUUAAAAUUAAUUAGUGUCGAAAAUAAGAUUUUCUUUAACUGGCAAUAAAAGUUAUUAUAUUAAAAGACCAAUAUGUAUUCUAAUCUAAGUGUUACCUAGAUUAGAUUCUAAAGUAAGUCGCUUGGUUUAAAAAAAAGUGGUGAAAUCUAAGAAUCAGGUUUAAGUUUAUUGUAAAAACUAUAGCAAAACUUACUCAGCCUCUAGAGUCUAGAGAAACUUGUCAAUUUUUUCUCUUAUGGUGGCCAUAAUAAACUAAGUCAAAAUUA